AUGACGACGCUAAUGUGCGUCGAAUGCGAAGAUACAGCGGCUGCUGUGCGUUGUGAGGACUGUGAAGACUUGUACUGUCCACUGUGCUUUGACGCACAACACCAUGCUGGAUCUAGAUUGCGUCAUACAAAGACGGUAUUGUCAGGCAACUCGACCAGUGUCAUUUCUAGUGUCAACCUGAAACCGUUGCGUCCACAAGACCCUCCUCCUUUGUCAUCUCUAGAGCAUCCAUUAGCUCCUUUAUCAUCUACAAAACCACAUGUUUCUCCUUUGAAACAAUCAGUAGAUAACACGGCGUCUGUAACGAGCAAGUCUGAAGAUGACGAUGAGUUAAUGCGCGAGAUUGAAGAGAUGCCAUCGGCGCUAAUGAAGGAGGCAAUGUACAUUCCAUUGCGAUUGGAUGAAGACGAGCGUGCGCUGUUCAAUUUGCUCGAUGCAGCGCUAAAUGUCAGUGAGUAUACGGACAAGGUGGAUGUGUUGUCUUAUCGCUCACCGCUCAAGCGCAUUAUUCACGAACUGAAUGAAACCUUUGGUGUUCUCUCGGGUCUCAUGAUCGCCAACGACUUCCGUCAAGGUCGUCGACUUGUACAGGAUAAACAAUAUAAGGACAAUGAAGACUUUUUUUCGCCAGGUGUUUGA